CUGGACAGUUGCAUCAGUUCCUGUGUGUGCGUGUAAAUGGCUGUGCGGCGGCUGCCGUUCCACGCUACUUUUUAUUCCCAGGACGCAGAAUAGUCAUAAAUCCUCCUCGGCUGUGAUCAUAAUAAAGACGUCACCCUCCUUGCUCGGGUUGGCUCGACAGUGCGCAGCUAUUUGUAAGCUACAACAACAACAACCUCCAGCACCAUCAUGCCCAUGGAUAACGCAGGGAUUUCUCUGAGAUCCCCUCGGCGUGUGGAUACGAUAUCUGCGUCAGAUCCAUAGCAAAGACGGCGUUUAAUUGCUCCGGAUAUCUCGACUCGGCUGUAAAACAAACCAAAAAAAAGAACCAAAAACCGACAGGGACUUGAUCUCCUCGCAGCAAAUAGGACGCACGCCGUGGAUUUGAAGGAGUCAUGGAGGAAACAGCUGCUGCAGCUCCAGCGCCUGGCACUGGUGCUGCCCCAUCAGCCCCCAAACCUCAGCCUUCCUCCUUUGUAGCUUCCCGCAGCCUGCUGGAGUGGAGACGGAGGGUCAAGUCUGAGUACAUGCGCCUUCGCCAAUUAAAACGCCUUAAAAAAGUAGAGGAGGUCAAGACCCUGUUCAUGUCCAACAGGCAAAAGAUUGAGCAGCAGACAAAUCUCCUGAAUGCAGAGUGGUCCAGCCUCAGGAUUCAGUCCAUCCCUCUGUCGACGUCUGGUGGACCUCUGGCCAACACGAAGGUGUGUGAGGAUAUGUGCACAGUGGAGUUUGGCUUCCCAGAAUUCAAAGCUCAAGCCAUCGCCAUGAGACCACUAUCAACAGUGGCAGGAAUCCCCUUCAUGUACUCUUGGUCUCCUCUGCAGCACAACUACAUGGUGGAGGAUGAGACAUUCCUUCACAACAUCCCAUACAUGGGCGACGAGGUGCUGGAACAGGACGAGGCCUUCCUGGAGGAGCUCAUCGACAACUACGAUGGUGUCCACGGUGACAGAGAGGGGGGUUUUAUCAGCGACGAGGUCUUUAAAGAGCUGGUGGAGGCCUUGAGCCAGUACUCUGACCACGAGGAGGAGGAAGAGGAAGAAGCAGCGGUGGCGGCGCCAGAGGCUGCGCCGGAGGUGACGGUAAAGAAGGAGGACGAGAGAGUGAUGAGGAGGAGCGUGGUGGAGGCUUCGGAAGAUGCCAAACCUGGCGCUGUGGCAUUCAUCAGGAGGAAGAGGAGGAGCACCACUGAGGUGAGGGACUUGUCCAGCAGCAAGAAGGUCCCCAACAACAAGAUAUUUUCAGCCAUCGCCUCAAUGUUCCCUUACAAGGGCACCACGGAGGAGCUCAAGGAAAAGUACAAGGACCUCUUGGAGCCCCCCCUCCCGGUGAAGCUGCCCCCACUCUGCACCCCCAACCUGGACGGACCCUUUGCUAAGUCUGUACAGCGGGAGCAGUCGUUACACUCCUUCCACACGCUCUUCUGCAGACGUUGCUUCAAAUACGACUGUUUCCUCCACCCUUUCCAUGCUACACCCAAUGUUUACACGAGGAAGAGCAAGGAGAUCCGCAUACAGACCGAACCAUGUGGUGUAGACUGCUUCCUGUUAGAGAAAGGGGCUAAAGAGUUUGUGGAUCAGAAUAUGCUCCGGUCACAAAGGUCUCGGAGGCGUCGAAAGCAACAGCGUCCUACCAGUUCCAGCUGUCCUGGGCCGUCUGCGUCUUUUGAGGAAGGACAAGAGGCCUGCAGUGACCAUGAAACCACCUCCUCCUCAGAGGGGAAUUCACGAUGCCAGACUCCCAUCAAGCCGCGUCCAGGGGAUGAUGACGGCGAGCAGCAGGCGGGCUGUGUGGUCCAGUGGAGCGGGGCGGAGGAGUCCCUGUUCAGAGUGCUCCACGGCACAUACUUCACCAACUUCUGCUCCAUUGCUCGCCUCAUCGGCACAAAAAACUGCAAGGAGGUGUAUGAGUUUGCAGUGAAGGAAGUCCUGAUCCAUCGUGUUCCGUUAGUUGAUGGAGGCGUCGCGCCCCAAAAGAAGAAACGGAAACACAGGUUAUGGGCAAAGAUUCAGCUCAAGAAAGAUAACCCAUCCAAUCAGGUGUUCAAAUACCAGCCAUGUGAUCACCCCGACCAUCCAUGCGACAGCUCCUGCCCGUGUGUGAUGAGCCAGAAUUUUUGUGAGAAGUUCUGCCAGUGCGAGCACGAGUGCCAGAACCGCUUCCCGGGCUGCAGGUGUAAGACGCAGUGCAACACUAAACAGUGUCCCUGCUACCUGGCCGUGAGGGAAUGUGACCCAGAUCUGUGCAUGACCUGUGGCACUGCAGAUCACUGGGAGAGCAAAGCCAUCUCCUGCAAGAACUGCAGCAUCCAGAGAGGCUUGAAAAAGCACCUGCUUCUGGCUCCAUCCGAUGUCGCAGGGUGGGGCACCUUCAUCAAAGAGCCGGUUCAGAAGAAUGAGUUCAUCUCUGAAUACUGCGGAGAGCUGAUCUCCCAAGAUGAGGCAGACCGACGCGGAAGGAUCUAUGACAAAUACAUGUCGAGCUUCCUCUUCAACUUGAACAAUGACUUUGUUGUGGAUGCCACGCGUAAAGGGAACAAAAUCCGCUUUGCAAAUCAUUCAGUUAAUCCAAACUGCUACGCAAAAGUGGUAAUGGUAAAUGGAGACCACCGCAUUGGUAUCUUUGCCAAACGAGCUAUCCUGCAAGGAGAGGAGCUCUUCUUCGACUACAGGUAGAGUCACAGGCCUUUUAGUGACUCCAGCAGCUUCAAAAUACAGCCAAGCGGAUGCCCUCAAAUAUGUGGGAAUAGAAAGGGAGGCAGACAUGUCUUAACUACACCUGCUGCUUUCAUCCAUAACUUUCCCCUCACCCUUCAGCCACCCACUAAUGCUUCUGUCCCUCUCUGUAGCGCCACAUCUAGCUAACGAGUUUCAAUAAACAGUCGCUGUCUCUGCCCUCUCUGCUGUACUUCUAAAAAUAGAGAGUCACUCUCUGCUGUUUGCUGGUGCUCCCGCCCCGCAGACACCAUGCCACCUCCUUCAGUGACAGCAGUCAGCUCCCCAUCUGCCCACUCCCACCCACCUACCUGCAAGAGUGUAUAUGCCAGGCUUAUGAAACUAAACUAUUUAAAGUGGAAAUACUAUUAAUCUGUAUCGCUUACCGCACCAAGAGGAUCACAUGUUUUCUUUUCAUCUUGUUAAAGCAAAGAGGUUGUGAUUACCCAUCAUACAGUGUGUUACCCUCUUAAGCAGUUUUGUUACUGUACUUAUGUACUUUAGUUUGACCUCUCAAUAUGUAAUGCAAUGCUUUUACAUCGUACCUAAUGAUGAUCAGUGAAAUGCAUGUCCUGUCUCUUGGAUAAGCAAACCAAUAAACGAUGUUAGUCACAGCAUUAGCUUCAGUCAGAUUCUGCUUUGUGCAGUCUCUCAGUAGUUGUAGUGUGAUGGUACCCGCCGCCUGUUCUUCAGGAGAACUUGACCAGGUCUGACAGCUCUGUCUGUUCUUCUGUUAACCUUUUCAGCGGCGAGCAUCACCACCACAUCUUUAUGGUGAGAUAAGUUAUUGUAAAUUUAUAUCAUUGUUCUGCAACAAAAAAAAAA